GUCAACUACUCUCCCGAUACUAGUGGAGUGAAGGCGCAUUUGGAGGGAUAACGAUACUCGGCCACUGUGGUGCUAAAAGACAUCGCCGCUGCCGCUCCAGAGACACACCGCUCACCGGAACCGGAGGGACCGCCUCGGCCGUGGCUGUGAGGCGUAAAUGGCCACAACAUUUCCUAAAAGAAGCCGCUGCCCGUGAGACAACCUGUGCACCAAAUGCGUCCUGGAAAUUAGGACGCGUAUUUUGCUGCAAAUUAGACCCCUUUUUUUUAUCGUACAAGGGAAGUUUCUGGGACCGAUUUUUUUAUUUUUUUUGGUGGGGGGGAUUUUUGAUUUUGAUUUACAGGCUGCAAUCAUGGACGAGGACAACCAAGUACCUGAGGACCUGUCUUUGGAGGAAAGAGAUGAGCUGUCGAACAUACGACGCAGGAAAAAAGAGCUUCUGGAUGAUAUUGAACGGUUGAAGUUUGAGAUUGCAGAGGUAAUGACUGAGAUUGAGCAGCUAACCUGUGUUGGGGAGAGCAAAACCACACAAAGAAACAAACAGAUCGCUAUGGGGAGGAAGAAGUUCAACAUGGACCCAAAAAAGGGGAUCCAGUUUCUUUUGGAGAACGAUCUUCUUCAGAACACCCCAGAGGACAUUGCGCAGUUCCUCUACAAAGGCGAGGGGCUCAACAAAACAGUCAUUGGGGACUACUUAGGGGAACGGGAUGACUUUAACAUCAAGGUCCUCCAGGCGUUUGUGGAGCUUCAUGAGUUUGCAGACCUCAACCUCGUACAAGCCUUAAGGCAGUUUCUGUGGAGCUUCAGACUUCCUGGCGAAGCCCAGAAGAUUGAUCGUAUGAUGGAGGCGUUUGCCUCCAGGUACUGCCAAUGCAAUCCCGGCGUCUUCCAGUCCACAGACACCUGCUAUGUCCUAUCAUUUGCCAUCAUUAUGCUGAACACGAGCCUGCACAAUCCCAACGUCAGAGACAAGCCCCCCGUGGAGCGCUUCAUCUCCAUGAACAGAGGGAUCAAUGAAGGGGGAGACCUCCCGGAGGAGCUUCUCAGGAAUCUAUACGACAGCAUCAAGAGUGAACCCUUUAAGAUCCCAGAGGAUGAUGGGAAUGACCUGACGCACACGUUCUUUAACCCAGACAGAGAGGGAUGGCUGCUGAAAUUAGGGGGCCGAGUGAAAACCUGGAAGAGAAGGUGGUUCAUCCUGACGGACAACUGCCUCUACUACUUUGAAUACACAACAGACAAGGAGCCUCGUGGGAUCAUCCCACUGGAGAAUCUCAGCAUCAGGGAGGUGGAGGAGCCCAGGAAACCUAACUGUUUUGAGCUCUACAACCCCAAUCACAAGGGUCAGGUGAUCAAAGCCUGCAAGACGGAGGCAGAUGGGCGUGUUGUUGAGGGCAACCACGUGGUGUACAGGAUAUCAGCGCCCACGCCGGAAGAGAAAGAGGAGUGGAUUAAAUCCAUCAAGGCCAGCAUUAGCAGAGAUCCCUUCUACGACAUGCUGGCCACCAGGAAGAGACGCAUCGCCAACAAGAAGUGAAGAGGGACAAUCUUCUCGACCUCCACCGCCUCCAUCUUUCUCCCCUUCAAUUCGUGAACACAUAAACCACCCACUGCAAAGCUGCUUCACUACAUAAAUGACUUCGUCCCUGAAGACAAACCUCAGUUUCUUCCCUGGACUGUUUACAAGUCAUGUGCACUUGCUGGGGAGACAUCACACACUACUGAGGAGACAGCAGAGCUGCAGGAAACUCAGAUAUAUGGACUUGCAUGGAGCAGCACAUGAGCAACCAACCAGCCAGUUUGUUUCUCCUCCAUCUCAUACACACCCCCUACCUCCCCCUCUCAUGGUCAUACCAUGUUUCUAGGUCUCCCUAAAGCACAACUGCCAUGUUUCAGGUGCACAUGCAUGCAUGUGGGUUAUUAUAGACCAAUAUGUUUGUGUGUGUGUGUGUGUGUGUGUGUGUGUGUGUGUGUGUGUGUGUGUGUGUGUGUGUGUGUAUGCAGCAGUGUGCAUGCUAUCAAUGCACACAGCAUCUACAGUAUGGGUGCAUAAGUCAUACAAGCGUUCCCUCCACUGUGCUUUAUGAAAAAGUUGUAAUUCAAAAUCAGUGUUCAGAUGCAUGGUCAUCUAUACAGGGCACACAAUGUGUGGGUGAAUAAGAGGCGUUUGGAGGAAGGAGGGUGGGAAGAGGAGACAGAUGGACACAUUAUGCGAGGUGGUGGGCAGACCAGCGCAGUGUAACCUCACCUGGACCAUGUCGUCAUCUCACUCUGGUGCUGGAUUCUUCUCUACAGGUGCCAUGGCUGAAGCCCUGCUCAGAGUAGCCUCAGAAAACAGCGCUGGCUUACAUUUAGGUUCCUAACAAAGCAUUACAGUCUUGAGUCAGCUGGGCUGAUUUCAUCUAUUAGUGCGGAGCAGAGAAUUUUGAAAUGUGCAUACUUUUUUAUUUUAGUUGAGUAGAAAAUGAGCUUUUGCAGAAGCUUGAGAUUAAACUUGCUAUUUGGAUUUAGAGUUGUAAUCCUUAAGAUUUCAGUCCUGGUUGAUUUGGUGACACCUGUGUUUAAUGGUGGUAACAGCGGGUGUGGUUUAAUGCUACAGCAAACCCUCCUUGAGCAGCCACUUUAUCAGAAAUGCAACAGGAGAGCAGCUGGCGUAUCUGUUUACAGCGUAGGCAAACAAACUCACAUUGUUUUAAUAAAGAAGUGAGUCAAAAAAUUAUUGCAAACGUUAUCGGAUUUCAAGCUGCAUGGCACAAGUAGUUACAGCAGUGCACAGUGUAGUUGGUUACCUUGCUGACGAGUAGGACAAAAAAAAGCCAAAAAUUUCCCUCUGGUUUUGUACACAUAUAUUAUUGAUGAAUGAUGUCAGUUAGCACUAACUUUAGUGACAAAUAAAAUGCAUUUCAAUUGAUUUCUUCACAGUAAAAGCCACCCCAUGUUUUGCCUGUUGAACACUUUUAAUGUGAAAUGAUUGCAUUAGCAGUAACUUAAUACUCCUCUGAUACAACUGAGACUGAACAAUAAACAAUGAGGCUGAUGUCCAUGAGAUAUAAUUAAGUACAGUGAAGCGGGAUUACAUGCAUGCAUUGUUUCCUUCCUAGCCAGCAGGAGAAUGGCGGACUCCGCCAUUACCAAUCAAAACUAAUAUUAAAAGAGGUAUUUACAGAGUUUAAAUACAUUAAUUAGCAAUUGCAGAUAAAACGCUGACCAUAAAUAGUAUCAAAACAGGAUUUAAUUAUAUUCAAAUCUUAAGGAUUUCCACUUUAAAAAAGCUCUUUCCCUUGAGAAAGUCUUUUCAGUCUUGGUAGGUUUUAUUUAUGGCUGUGCAAUGGCCCAAUAUAGGGUACCAGUCUGAUUAAGCUUUUGUUUUCUUGUCUAUGACCUAUGUCAGUGAAGGUCGUUGUAUUGUUGUGAUCCUGUUUGCAUUUGGUUUGUAAUCCUAAAGAUCCUUGCUUGCUUUUUGUGUUCCUCUUUAAAAUUAUAUAAAUAUAACCGACUAUCAUUUUGUAUUUAUUUUCAUUUGUGAAAUGGUUUAAUACUACCUGUAAAUGUUAAACAAUGUAUGCUUAAGUUAUGUAUGUAUAUAUAAUGUAUAGGUUUCUGGUCUCUUUGUUGUAGUAUGCACACUCUGUGUAACUUGUUUGAGCCUACAGGCAGACGUUUGCAUCAGCUGAAGUUUGGGGUCUUCUUUACAAAAGCCUUAAACAUAAUCAUAAGAAAACACAUGGUGAUGAUGAUGAUGGUGGUGAUGAUGAUGAUAUUGGUCAAUAACUAUGAUGAUGCUGUUAAAAAGCCAUGAUUAAUGAGUGCGAGAGAUGGUUGUAUUUUACGAUGAUAAAGAUUAUAGUGAAAAUGAUGUUUGAUGUUAAUGACAAUGAUUAUAGUGAAGUAAUAUCAGUGAUGAUGAUGAUGAUACUAUCAUUGAUGAUGAUGUCAAAAACUGUAAACACCAGUAGUUUUCUAUGUGAUUGUAAAAUAAAAUUAAAGCCUUGUGGUCAGGGCAGAAUAUUAUCUUCUACCGCCCUGUGUGGGCUUAUAGUUACAUUAACUUUUAUAUUCUCUGUAAAAGCUAUUGGUCACGUUGUACAUUAUGUGUAUCUAUAUAAAGUAUACAUAAAGCUUA